AUGAAUAACGACAAGUGGUGGCUGAUUCCAGCGGAAGCUCUGCACAUCCCCACAAAGCAGCCGAUAAAGCGAGGCUGCAAGGCCGAGAUAAAGGAGAAGACCGUCUGGAUCAAGCCGGUGGAUACCCCGCCCGGCUUUGAUGUCAACGCUUUGUUAGGUCUUCCCGUAUUGCAGCAGUUACGUGGAAUCCAUCAUCCCAAUGUUAACCCCUUUGUCGGGAUCUGCUAUGAUCCGCAAAACGCGACGGGAUAUUUAGUUAGCGACCAUUGUCCACGCGGUUGUUUGAGCGGGUUGCAUAAGCGCGCAAAGCUAGACUGGGAGUUUGUAUUCUCUUUAAUGCGUAAUUUUAUCCAGGGAUUGUCGUAUAUUCACCAUUCAGCCAUUCGCUUUCAUGGCAGUUUAUCCAUCGAUAAAUGCUUGAUCGACGGCAGAUUCAGCCUAAAGAUUGGCGAACUGCGCUACGAUGUUAUUUCCGGUCUCUUAAAUCAAAACCACCGACCAAGUGCCAUCUCCCGUCACUCGGUAUCCAAAACACUCGCGUCAUUCAAGAAUAAAUCUACAGUGGAGAAUGGUCAGAGUAACGAUAUCCAUAUGUUUGCAACCAUCGCUUUGGGACUGUUUUUACACGCGGGAACUGAUACAAUAAAGAAAGACUCAAAGUUUCGAAAACUGGAGCGGUUUCUAAAGGACUGCAUCGAGGAAGCCAACAAACAACAACCGACAAUACGAAUGAUUGAAAGAACGUUAAGCGAGCAUUCCUGGACGACUUCUCAUGAUAUUGUGCAAUUAAUAAUGCAACGCGUGGAGGAAUAUACCAUCGUUCUGGAAGAUGCCGUAGCGGAUAAAACAAAAGAGCUUCUCAAUGAACAACAUAAAGCCGACGUACUUUUGCGGGAAAUGUUGCCUUCAUCCAUUGUGGAGAAAUUGAGAAAUAAAGUCACCAUCGAACCGGAAUACUUCGAAGCAGUGACCAUUUCAUUCAGCGAUCUUCCGGGCUUUGUAACCUGGGUAGCCACCGCCACGCCUUACGAUGUUAUUGAACUGCUUAACGCUAUUUACAGCAUCUUUGAUGUGGAGAUCAAUAGUCACCAUUUGGUGCAAAAAAUUGAGACCAUCGGCGAUUGCUACAUGGUCGCCAGUGGUGUUCCAGUUCGUGUCGGGAAGGAGCAUGCGGCGGCGGUGUGCCGAAUGGCUAAAGCACUGCACAAAGCGUUCGGUGGAAGUCAUCUGGCUGAGAAAGGUCUCAUGCUGCGAGUAGGCGUCCAUUCCGACCAUUGUGCAGCAAGCGUCAUUGGAAGUAAAGUCCCGCGAUACUGCUUAUUUGGAGAUGCUGUCAACACGGCAUCGAGAAUGGAAAGCCAUGGCGAAAGCGGUAAAAUUCAUCUUAGUUACAAAACGCGGGCGUUCAUUGUGGAGAAUAGUGAACUAGUCUGUGAAAGCAGAGGCUUAAUAGCCGUUAAGGGAAAAGGGGAAAUGGAAACAUUUUGGCUGGCUGUUUAAUGUUCCACAUAUAUUUCCGAUCACCGUUAAACCCCAG